AUAAUUCAUAAAGUUACGUUAGAACAAAACCUAACAACUUUAUGUGAAUUUUUAAGCAUUUAUCCAACCAAAACAAGCACAUAAAUAGAACAAAAUGUAUAAGAUCUCGUAAGCCUGUGUUACCACAAACCUUAUUUCUUGGUGUUUAUAAAAAUAAAAAAACAGACAAAACCCCCAUUAAUUUCCCCAUAGGCUUUGGCCAACAAGCCAUUGCAGAGUUACUGCCUACAAAAAAACUAUGGAAUUGCCAUGGAAAUAUGUGGGGGAAAGUGCCAUGGGGGAAAGAUCCUGAAUCUCCCCAUUACCCCCAACAAAAUUAACCUACAUUUAGGCUAUUGUUUGUGUAUUUCACACUAUGUUGAGGUACAAAACGGAGCAUAAUGCUUAUAUAGAUGUCAACCCCAAAGCAUGUUUAUGUCAUCCUUACCAAUCAACUGCAUUACAAAACGACAUUGACUACUACCAUCAAAGAUUUAUGCAUGUUAGCUUAUACAAACUGCAGUCACUUCUUCUAAACCUGAAAAGUGACAACUUCUACAUGUUAUGCAGCGAAAACAGCCAACUAUAUCCAAUUCGGACUUAGGUAAGCACAUUGUGGGCCUGUUACAAUACAUAAAUCAUGACGGAUUUGACGAAUAUCCACUUUGUUAGAUCAGAUUAGUUAAACGCAAGCCAAGUUGGUCAAUGGAUCGUCAUCAUUCCAUUGCCUCCUUUUUACCGCAUCUAAUAGUGCUCUCUAUUACGUUGCAAUGACGUGACAUGAGAUCGCAUUACUGAUGCUGAACACAGAAACAGGCAGAGUUGGAUGAUGAGCUUUUAAAUGGGCGUAUCACACUAACUGAGAAGUUCCAUGGGAAUGUAAACACCAUCAUUGGAACAGUGUUUAUUCAUAACGCACGCAUUACCAAUAUGUCUGAUUCAGGCCUCCUGCCUGAUUCCAAACAGUGUUCUCCGAAUUCAGGUAUAACCAUGCUAUCGGGAAUUGAUGAGGAGCCAACGGAGAAUGGUGAUGAUGAGUUGAAAGAUGGCUUAUUGGAACCGCCAGAAAUGUAUAUGAAAGACAGGCAAAGAGCGAAAUCCCUGCCCGCGUACCCAAAGCAAGCUACGCUUUUUGAAGAAAUAGCCAAUAACGGCCGAAAACGGGUGAAGUUCGCAGACUCCAUGGGGCUUGAUUUGACAAGUGUGAAGCACUUCAGCACAACAGAAGACCCGCAAAUCCCUUCCAAGGUAUUUUCAAGACUGCAGAGCUUCCCCCCUCAACCGCAGGACCGAGAGUAUCCAAUUGGGGACCUGUGCAUAAACUUUCAAUCCACCUUGACCAUGGACCGUCUCAUCCCAACUUUCAAGAUGCCAGUUGAGUCUGAACAUUUUGAAACCACGGUAUUGCAGCGCCACGUCAACCUGGAGAAGGUGACCAUCACCCGGUUUGACGUCCGUGGGCAGAUUCGGACAAAUAUUCAAAGUUGUUGUAAGAGGGAAGUUGGUGUGAGGUAUACGUUCAACGAGUGGCUGUCUUCCGUGGACGCGCAGGCGAUACCCAUGCCUGUGGAUGACAAUAUUGUCGGUGAGCGUUAUACCUUUACCUUGUACACACCUCCGUUCCUAGACCCAACUUCUUCGGUGCACUUCGCCGUGUACAUCAGGAAUGACCAGGGCGAGUUUUGGGAUAACAACAAUGGACAAAACUAUACCUUGAAGUAUCACUGUACAGGUAUGGUGACCUACGAGAGCGCGGCAUUUCACGCUACUUGAAACGCGCUCUUAUGCACGUGUGUAAAGUUGGUGUCGUUGAACAAGUGUUCUCUAUCACGUGGAUUGAUAUAUACUUUUCAAUAAAGUUAGUAUUUUUCCCUUUACAUCUGGCCCCACCGUGUUAUUAUCAAGGUGGUUAUGCGUUCAUAAUGAUUAUUACGACUAGGCCUACUGAAGAUUGAUGUGCUAACUUUGAACCAAACAAGGGAACCACUCAGAUCCAUCCUUUUUAAAAGUAAAACAUGGAGUUGCCAAGUUUGCAUCUGUCCAGUUGAGUAUUUUGACCUUUUCUGGAACAGCAUUUAAUAACACAAAAAUUGCCAUUAGGAUCCGUGAAUGACUGAUGAACAUUUAUCAGCUACACUGCCAGUGGGGACUGCACAUACCCAAGACCAUACUAAAAGACUGCCAAUUAAGUAUUUUAAGAGACAUGACAGUACAAAUACCUGUAAUCAAAGGGGACUUCACCUGUUCUACAUAAUAUUUGCAUAUCAUGUAAUCUAAUCAGAAGGAGAGCUAUCCUACUGUGCUGAGUUGUGAAUUGUAAUGACUUAUGAAUUCAGAUAUUUUUAUGAAUUGUGUUAAUCAGUUUCAUCAUUGUGAAUGUUCUCUGCCAUAUUAACAAUUGCAGUACAGUGCACUCCGCUAAUAUGACUGAAUCAAAUAAUCAAUUUAGUGCUAAAAGAAAAGCAUAGAAUACGCGAUGUAAACAUCCUUAAAUGCACAAUGUCCUUGGCACUGUACACAUUGUCAUACUUAUAAGCGCUGGGCACUGUACUUCAUAUAGUCAACUCAUACAGUGUGCACCACCUAAUCCUAUGUGAAUCAACGGUAAAAGAUAACGCUAAACUUGUGGCAGCCUAUUUCUUAAAGAGUACACUACUUUUGACCUAGUGUGCAAUGUUUUUGAUAUCUGGUCAAAAGCAUUACACUAAAGGGAAGGGCUGAUCUUAAGUAGUGUACCAUUUCAGUCAUAGCCUUUGAUUCAGGGCCCAGCAUAUUGCAGUUUGAAAAUAUGUGAUUUAUCCUAGUUAUAAAAUCAUGUGAGAAGCUAAAUCUGUCAGAGUUCUCUGCCACGAACCAUUCAUUAUUGUUUGUACUCCCAUGGACACCAAGGAAAGAUUAAUGAGCAAUCUGUUAUAUUGGUGUGGAUGGCUACACAGUGAAAGGCUUGUUGAUCUUGACCAGUGAAUAUCUACACUGGAUUGUUAAUUGUACUCGUCAAUUCUUGAUUAUAUAUUUUUUGAUUAUUUGUGUACUUCUAUUGUAUUUGCCAGACAUUCUGCUGCACUGUUGGAGCUAGUUCAUAGUUAAAUCGCCAUCAGUCAGCAUCUCCACACAAAAUAAUUUUUCUGGGUGUGCGCCAGCUCAUGUUUUUUAUUCUACUGUUGGAGCUAGUAACAUAAUCAUUUUGCUGCACCUGGUAUAACAUCUGCGUAUCUGUAUACACAACCAAUACACUUUCAUUUGAAUAAAAUGGUCUAAGAGGCA